AUGAAGAUCAUUUCCGAGAAGGGCUUCCCACAAGAUUUGUCAGACUUGGAGUCCAGUUCAUCCAGCGACUUGGAUGUUGAUACUAAGACUUGUGCACAUCUCAGGGUUGUAAGAGGAAUGUGUUGGGUUUGUAAGAGUGAAGUAUUCAAGUAUAUUGAUAAGGAUUUGUGGCUUAGCCCUGAUGAAAUUGCUGGGAUACGGAUGGUAGAAUCAGAGAAAUUGUUAAAAGAUAGAAAGAUCGUUUUAGUUCUUGAUUUGGAUCAUACUUUGCUUCAUUCAACAAAAGAUAGCAAACAUCUGAAAACCCGUCAAGAACUUUUGGAACAUAAUAUCAACAAGGAUGGCCUAAUCUCUCUGAAACAUUUGGGGAUGAUGACCAAGUUGAGGCCUUACGUCCACACUUUUCUCAAAGAAGCAAGUACCAUGUUUGAGAUGUACAUAUAUACAACUGCUGAUCGACGCUAUACAUCGUUAAUGGCUGAGUUUCUGGACCCUGAAAAUGUUUACUUCAAGUCAAGGAUUAUCGUACGUGAAGAUUUAUUUGCCCCAGAUGAAAAGAAUCUUCAACUGGUGCUGAGGCACCAACGCAUGGUUCUUGUUCUUGAUGAUACAAAGCACGUGUGGAGAUAUCAUCCAGAUAACUUGAUUCUUGUUAAGAGAUAUUAUUUCUUUGAUGCAAGACAUGACAUUGUAUCUCUUUCUGCCAUGAACAAUGAUGAAGGUGAGACCACUGGUGUGCUCGCGACCAUUCUCCAGAAACUUAAACUAAUCCACAGACUGUUUUUCAACCCCAAAUUCAAGGGUGGUCUUGCGCAUAGAGAUGUUAAAUUGAUACUUGAUCGCCUUAAGGUACUCCAAGGAUGUAAAUUAACCUUUGAAGGUAUUUUUCCUUCCAAUUUUGAGCCCCAAAAUUCGCGUCUUUGGAUGAUGGCAGAGGAGUUAGGAGCCAUUUGUUCUACGAGUGUUUUUACAUCCAGGACACAUGUGGUCACUUUGGUUGCCACGGAGGAGGAAUCUCGGCAGGCAGAGCUGGACGGAAUAAUUUUGGUCCAUCCAGCUUGGUUACAUAAUUGCUAUGAGUUAGCCAAAAGGUUUCCUGAAGCGGAUUAUCCGAUUAAGCUGAAAAAAAAGAAAUUGAGAUCAUCUUAG